GCGUAUCCAAGAUUGUAAUCAUCGUAUUUAUAGUUGAAAUUGAAAGAGACGCAUGCAAGAACUCAUAAAACAACAAAAGACGGGUCCCCUCUACCGGAAAAUGUAGAAAGCUCGCGGACAAGGACAAGAGCAUCAGUCUUAAAAUUACAACAAAACCAAGGGCAUUUCUGCAAAAAAUAAAAUCAAAUUUCCCAUCUUUUUCACCCUGCACGUUACCCCAUCACGGACCGUCCAUUUCUGUGAUCCAAAUUGCACCCGACUUACAGAGACCCAUAAAAAGCUAGAAACCCUGUUUAACACGCACCAAAGGUCCAAAACACUUCCCCACCUUCCUUCUCUCUGUUUUUUAAAUCGAAUUUUAUACAAAUAUAGUCCGUUCAGUCUAUCACUUCAUCUCUUCCCAACACCACCCAAAACCUCGCCGGAAACAACUGUUCUCCGGCGGAAAACCCCCUUUCGCCACCGACCCAUUACCAUGUCCACCACUCCCAUCUCCUAUCCAAUAACCUCAAGACCCUUUUUUUCUCUCGCACCCGCCACCGCAGCCUCAAAACUGUUUGCACGCCCGCAUUCCCACACCAAAAGCUCUCUCUUAUCCUCCUAUCAUUUCCUCAAUAGGGUAUUCAGAAAUGGGGCUGCUCUGUCGAUAAGAGCUUGCUCGACGUCGCCGUUUAUCGGCAGAGUCGGGUCGCAGAGGAGGGAAGGCAACGCGUCACUGCUGUCGUUUGGGAAAAACUCACCAGCUGAAAUAUCGAAAGGGGCUUCCGACAACUCGUCGUCGUCUCAGGUCUUAUCUGCAAUGCUUCCUUUCGUCGUUGCUGCUACCGCCAUUGCUGCUCUGGCUCAGCCGUCAACGUUCACUUGGGUAUCCAAGGAUUUAUAUGCCCCUGCUCUUGGUGGGAUCAUGCUGUCAAUUGGAGUCAAACUGUCGAUUGAUGAUUUUGCACUUGCAUUCAAAAGACCUUUACCCCUCUCUGUUGGGUUUAUCGCGCAGUAUGUACUGAAACCGGUACUUGGGGUACUAAUUGCUAACGCAUUUGGCGUGCCAAGGAUGUUCUACGCUGGCUUUGUCCUCACUGCUUGUGUUGCAGGGGCUCAGCUGUCUAGCUACGCUAGUUUCUUGAGCAAAGGAGACGUGGCCUUGAGCAUUCUCCUCACCAGCACCACCACCAUUGCUUCCGUGAUCGUAACCCCUUUACUAACCGGCCUUUUAAUCGGUUCUGUUGUUCCGGUUGAUGCUGUUGCCAUGUCAAAGUCGAUAUUGCAGGUGGUUCUUGUUCCGGUCACAAUUGGUCUUGUGCUCAAUACUUAUGCAAAACCAGUUGUCAAUUUCCUUCGACCAGUGAUGCCAGUUGUUGCUAUGAUAUGCACUUCAUUGUGCAUUGGCAGUCCUCUUGCAAUUAACCGGAGUCAAAUUCUAUCUGUAGAGGGUUUCCGGUUGAUAUUUCCAGUCAUAGCAUUUCAUGCGGUGGCCUUUACACUAGGAUACUGGGUAUCGAAAACUCCAGGUUUGAGGCAAGAAGAAGAAGUUAGCAGGACACUUUCCUUAUGUACGGGAAUGCAGAGUUCCACUUUGGCAGGGUUACUUGCAAGCCAAUUCCUUGGGAGCAGCCAGGCCGUUCCUCCAGCAUGUUCGGUUGUUGCCAUGGCCAUCUUGGGCCUUUUUCUUGCAUCUUUCUGGGGCACCGGCUCUCAAAUCAGAGACCUUCCGUCCCUACUAACACCUCGAACAGGUUCUCCAGUGAAGGCUUAGCAAUGAAAACAACAAUCAGAGAACUCAUGGGGCAUGGAUAACGCUAAGUUAGUACACACUGAUGGUCGUGGUUACUAGCACAGAACAUUACAAGGACGAUACAACAAAAAGGAAGAUCGCUGUCAUGUUGAACCACCUCAACUGGUUUGGAAAGCAACUACUGCUUACAGAGCGGAUCGGGAACCAAAAACAGACGGACGGCGGGAAAACAUAGUUUAGGCUAGAGUUGUAAAGUUGUAAAGCUCUUGUACUAUAGGUGUGUAUCUUUAUGUUACUUUGUAAGUAAUGAUCCAAAGGUAUACAUAAAUGUUGUCCUCUCUCUCAGGCCCAACAUAGAUAGACAUUUUAUGGGCUGACUACGGAGUGCUUGUUAGUUGUGAUCUUGUGAAUAGUAAGAGUUCACUGUUUACACA